UGCAAUAUUCAAUUAAUUGCAGAAAAAAAAAAAGAACAAUUGGUUGAAGCAUGGAAUAGACUGUAGAGCAAGAAAAUGAUGGUUUAAGGUUUUAAAAGAAAAGAAAAAGAACAGCAUGAAACCAUAGCUCCCCUAUUUCUUCAACCUCUCUAUUAAUUCAUCUCUUUCUUUUUCUUCAAUUAUUCCUUCCUUUUUGUUGUCUUUAUUUAAUCCUUUUUGGGGUUGUCAUUAUCAGUCCAAAAUCCAAAGCCCCACCCUGAAAUUAUCAAAUUCCCACUCCCAAUUUGCUUAUAGUUUUUUUUUUAAAGGAAAUAAAAGAGAUAUAGAAAAAAAAAAAGGAAGCAAAAGUUUCCAUGGAUUCUCAGGUUUUGGUGGCGCUUGCUCUCUCUCUCGUCGGUGGAUUGAGUACUUCUCUAGGUGCUCUUUUUGUAAUUCUUAAUCAAGCUCCCAAUUUGAAAAUGCUUGGGCUUUUACAGGGUUUUGCUGCAGGUCUAAUGUUGAGCAUUUCAUUCCUUGAUUUAGCUCAUAACGCUAUGAACUCAAUUGGGUUCUUGAAAGGCAACCUCUGGUUUUUUUCUGGUGUUAUCUUCUUUGCUGUGGUUGCCAAUUUUAUACCUGAGCCUACCCUAUCUCACAGUUCUGAGGUGAAAGGCAAAAAGAACAAGGGUGAUGAAGGGGGCAAGGAUAUGAUGAAAAAGCAUCGACGCCAGGUUUUUUUCAGUGGAAUUAUUACAGCAAUAGGCAUAAGCUUGCAUAAUUUUCCUGAGGGGAUGGCAGUUUUCCUUGGAUCCAUGAAGGGCCUUCGUGUCGGUCUUAAUUUGGCUUUGGCCAUUGCUUUGCACAACAUCCCCGAGGGUGUUGCUGUUGCACUGCCUGUUUAUUUUGCUACACAGAGCAAGUGGCAGGCAUUCAAGUUGGCAACUCUUUCUGGUUUUGCGGAGCCGCUCGGCGUUGUAAUUGUUGCUUAUCUGUUCCCGAGCAGCUUAAGUCCCGAAAUUCUUGAGGGCUUGUUAGGAUCAGUUGGUGGGGUGAUGGCCUUCCUGACAUUACAUGAAAUGCUGCCAUUGGCAUUUGACUAUGCCGGGCAGAAGCAAGCUGUCAAGGCUGUGUUCUUCGGGAUGGCUUUCAUGUCUGCAAGCCUAUACUUUCUCGAACUAAGCUUACCGAAGGACAUGAGCUUGUAACCUCUUUCCAUAUGAACAAAAAAAUGUUGUAAAUUCCUGAACCAAGAUGUUUUAUUUUAGUUGAUUUCUCUGAUAAUUUUAGCCAAACUAUGAGAUAUCUUAAAAGCAAAAAGGAUGAACGGCCCCAGUUUGCAAUGUACAUAACUUGUUUCCUUGUAACAACAUGAACAUUGAAAAGGGGAAAAAAAGAGGGGGUUUCAAAUAAAUUUAUGGAUAAUUUCCUUACAAA